AUGUCACACAUAAUCAUAACGGGAGCCACAGGAUUAGCAGGCAGUGCAGUCCUAAGCCAUGCCAUAGCAUCUUCGGCCAUCAGCAAGAUAUCUGUCCUCUCUCGCCGCCCAGUUAAACUCGCCGAGUCCUCUCCUAAAGCUCACGUCAUAAUCCAAGAUGAUUUCGAACAAUACACCCCCGAACUUCUCGCCCAGCUGAAAGGCGCUACAGGGUGCGUCUGGGCACAGGGGAUCAGUGCUAAUGGGAUGAACGAGGAAGACUACAUCAAGAUCACUGUCGAUUAUCCUCUUGCGGCAGCGAAGGCAUUCGCGAGUCUCUCCGACCAAAUGAAUUUUGUAUACGUCUCUGGAGAAGGCGCGAAUAUGCAGGAGAAGACAACAGCAUUCAUGUUUGGGAGGAUCAAAGGCCGGGCGGAAAGAAUGCUAUUGGAGGCACAGUCCACACAUCCUACGUUGCGGGUUUUCAGCGCGAGGCCGGCGGUGAUCAAUCCACAAGGCAAAUAUCUUGCCGAGCGGCCUCCAAGCAUUCGCGAUAGAGCAUUGACGGGCUUCGGCAGUGUAUUCCAGUACAUCUGGAAGAAUGGCGAAAUUCCAACCGAGUCUCUGGCCAAAGCUUUGGUGAACCUCGCGGYUGGAGACGGCAAACCGAUAGCUGCUGGUUCUGGCAUCGAAGCAGAUGGUAGAGUGCUGAGAAACAUCGCGAUCAGGAGACUUGCUGGCGUCCAAAAAUGA